AUGACGGACGACGGGAAGAAGUACAAGGUCGGGGCGGAGCCGGAUAUUUCCCCGGAAUCUCCCCCGCCCCAAUCACCGGCGGGCGAACAUGACGGGAUCGCGCAGAAGAAUUUCGAUCACUUCAAGAAGGCGCCGGUUGAUUUGAAUCAGAUAAGAUCAAAAGGCUUACCGGAAAAGACGCCGGAAAAGCUCGUGAAAUGCAAGAAGAGGCUUCGCUGGAAAGAUACGGCAUUCCAGAUCAUUCGCGUGCUUCUGAUUGCAGCCGGUGGGGUCGCUGUGUUCUUCUGGAUCUGCUCACAGCGUAAUCCGAGCAACGGCUCCCAACUGCCAUUCGUUGGGGAGACAAUUUACCCCGUCCCUUACGAUUACCAGCUGCGGAUUCCGCCGAGAGUUGGCCAGACUAUCCAUGUUGCCGGGAAUGUUAGUGAAAAUGCAAAAAGCAUCUGCGUGUCGUUGCUGAGAAACGGCACCGAAGGCUCGACUCUCCUCUUCAAGCUCUGCUCAUUCUUUGUCAAGGAUACGGGCCUAACCGACGGGUACAGCGAGGUUACGGUUGAGCUCGAGAAUCGAACAUUGGUGGAGCGCGUGGCGAACCCUUAUGAGCGGUCCGGCGACUACGAUUUUCGUGUUCGGGUGCUCGGGUCAUUUGCGCAGGUGUUUUCCCAGGGCGGCGAGAUUGGCCUUUUCGAUCGGGGCGACUACGCGGUUAACGAGGGCGAAACUCUGUCGAUCCACGUCGACGGCGACUUUGAAGCGAUUCGUUUGAUCACGAUUGAUGGCGGCAAUUUUUCAAAUCCCAUGGCGGAAAGCUCUUUCGUUGCCAACGCCACCCGGCUUGACAUUGUCGCGCAGCCGUUACCCAGAGAGUUAAGUCGAGGU